UGCGCGCACCGGCGCCAGCGCGCGGGCGGAGGAGGGAGGCGCGCCGCGGUGUCCGGCGUCCCGGGUGCGUCCCGGGUGCGUCCCGGGGGCGCGGCCAGCGCCGGAGUAGAACCUGUCCCGCCCGCCGCGCCCGGCAGCCGCCUCGCAGGCGGGGGAAGGGGCCGGCGGGGACCGGGUCGGCGCGGGAGGAACCGCGCCCCGAGCUCCGGCGCACCAUGGCCCCGAGGCUGCUGCUGCUCCUCUGCCUGCUCUCGGGCUCGCACGCGCGGUCCAGGAAGGUGGAAGAGGAUGAAUAUGAAGAUUCAUCAUCAAACCAAAAGUGGGUCUUGGCCCCAAAAUCCCAAGACACCGACGUGACUCUGAUUCUCAACAAGUUGCUAAGAGAAUAUGAUAAGAAGCUGAGGCCGGAUAUUGGAAUAAAACCGACCGUAAUUGACGUCGACAUUUACGUCAACAGCAUCGGUCCGGUGUCGUCAAUAAACAUGGAAUACCAAAUCGACAUAUUUUUUGCUCAGACCUGGACGGAUAGUCGCCUUCGAUUCAACAGCACAAUGAAAAUUCUGACUCUGAACAGCAACAUGGUGGGGCUGAUCUGGCUCCCGGACACCAUCUUCCGCAACUCUAAGACCGCAGAGGCCCACUGGAUCACCACGCCCAACCAGCUCCUCCGGAUCUGGAACGACGGGAAAAUCCUUUACACCUUGAGGCUCACCAUCAACGCCGAGUGCCAGCUGCAGCUGCACAACUUCCCCAUGGACGAGCACUCCUGCCCGCUGAUCUUCUCCAGCUAUGGCUAUCCCAAAGAAGAAAUGAUUUAUAGAUGGAGAAAAAAUUCAGUGGAGGCAGCUGACCAGAAAUCAUGGCGGCUUUAUCAGUUUGACUUCAUGGGCCUCAGAAACACCACAGAAAUCGUGACAACGUCUGCAGGUGAUUAUGUUGUCAUGACUAUCUAUUUUGAAUUGAGUAGAAGAAUGGGAUACUUCACUAUUCAGACAUAUAUUCCUUGUAUACUGACUGUGGUUUUAUCCUGGGUGUCAUUUUGGAUCAAAAAAGAUGCUACACCAGCAAGAACAGCAUUAGGCAUCACCACGGUGCUGACCAUGACCACCCUGAGCACCAUCGCCAGGAAGUCCUUGCCGCGCGUGUCCUACGUGACCGCCAUGGACCUCUUUGUGACCGUGUGCUUCCUGUUCGUCUUCGCCGCGCUGAUGGAGUAUGCCACCCUCAACUACUAUUCCAGCUGCAGGAAACCCACCACCACCAAGAAGACAGCAUCGCAUCCAGAUUCCUCAAGAUGGAUUCCCGAGCGAAUAAGCCUCCAAGCCUCCUCUGUAUGUAUAGCCUUACAGAACUAUUCCCUCCUGGACAUGAGGCCACCACCACCUGCGAUGAUCACUUUAAACAAUUCCGUUUACUGGCAGGAAUUUGAAGAUACCUGUGUCUAUGAGUGUCUGGAUGGCAAAGACUGUCAGAGCUUCUUCUGCUGCUAUGAAGAAUGUAAAUCAGGAUCCUGGAGAAAAGGUCGUAUUCACAUAGACAUCUUGGAGCUGGACUCGUACUCCCGGGUCUUCUUCCCCACGUCCUUCCUGCUCUUUAACCUGGUCUACUGGGUGGGGUACCUGUAUCUCUAAGGGCUGCUCACAGUAAAGAGUGAAGAGCCUCUGGUUCACACCUGACCUUCCGUUGCUUCUCCGUUGGGAGUGGCAAGGAAGGACGCUGCUCAGUGUAUCUUGUUAUAAAUGACCUUUCAGCAGCACAGGAAGUACUCAGCAAAGGUUUCUACUGUGUAUCUUCACACACACACAUACACACGCCCUCGUGCUAAUUGAGUUUUGAAGUAAUAUUCUUGCUAGUCCCUA